CCCAGCAUGCACUGCGAGGCCUGCAGUAUAUUAUUGACAAAGAAAAAAAAGGCUGGUGAGAAACAACAACAGGGUGGUGGGAACAGAAGCGCUAACCCUGGUCAUAGCACUGACGUUACACGAACCCGUGUGUGCUGACAACAAGUGCCACGUCAUGACCCUGAGGCAAUGAGAGCGGGACGUGUCAUUUCCACCUAAAGGGAGUUUACACAGCUUGAUAGUUUGUGGAGAGAGAGAGGUGGGGGGGCCCAGGCAGACCGUGGACGGGGAAGGGGAAGAGCUCAGCUGGAGCCAAUGCAGCAGCAGCAUCGACAGCCUGAGCUGGUGGAAGGAAGCCUUCCUGUGUUCGUGUUCCCCACUGAGCUCAUCUUCUACGCAGAUGAGCAGACGUCUCACAAGCAGGUGCUCACCCUCUACAACCCCUAUGAGUUCGCCCUCAAAUUUAAAGUGCUGUGCACAGCGCCAAACAAAUACACUGUGGUGGAUGCCACCGGAGCCGUCAAGCCACAGUGUUGUGUUGACAUAGUGAUCCGACACAGAGAUGUGCGUGCAUGCCAUUAUGGGGUGUACGACAAGUUCCGACUGCAGGUGUCUGAGCAGAGUCAGCGGAAAGCUCUAGGUCGCAAAGAGGUGACGGCCACGCUCCGUCCAUCAGCCUCACAGGAGCCGCCCAGCCCCCGGCCCCAAGAUGAGGAACGCAAAGUCAAAGAGCAGUUUGCAGACAGCGAGUUUUUUGAACAGACUGCAUUUCAGACAGUGAGCCGUCCUGUUGCUGGAGGCCCCAGUCUGCUGACGGUGCUGCUUGGGCUGGUGUGUAUGGCCGCCCUGAUGCUCCCGACCCUGGGGGAGCAAGAAUCUACUGUGCCUGUCUACCUCCACUUAAGUGUUAACAAGAAACUUGUAGCUGCUUAUGUUCUUGGUCUUCUUACGAUGGUCAUCUUACGCACAUGAAGUGCUGUAAGGUGAGAGGAGGGGAAAUGGAUCUGAAGACAAAGAGAACAUCCUCAUCCCAGAGGCACUGCUACGCUUCGAGUACAGCUGACCGCAGGGUGACGGGGUACUUACUCAGUUUACCCUGUUCCCUGAAAAAUACAUUUUAGUAUACUUGUUUUAAAAUCCACAUAUUUGUUACAUACGUAAACUGACACAAUACUGAACUGACACAAAGAGCAGAGACCUCCCAGUGCGUAGGUCAAAGGAAUGGUAGUGUGAGAGGAGCUGUCCCUGAGCAGGGCCGGUGAAGAAACGGGAGGCCAUUCAAAGUGUUGUCUGACCUCAUAUUCCCUAUGUCUGUAUUUCUAUUGCCAUUAUGUAACUGAAUAUGAUUAACUAGAGUGUGAAGGAAUCUACAUGUAUAUAAAGCCAUUAAAAUGUUGUUAUGGUAUUCACCUGUAACCAUUA